CUAGUUAAAUACAUAUGAAGAAGUGCGAUUGGUGUGUGAGAGAGAGAGAAAAAAAAAGUCUUUGAAAUAAUCUUGAGCUUUAAAUGCCUAGACUAAUGAUAGCACCUCUUUAGUAGCGUUGCAAUCAAUUACGGUGCACUUAAAAGUUUAAUGUGAAUUGGUAUUCAUCACAGCCUAAGUGUUUAAGUGAUUUGAGAUUCUACGGCCUCUAGAGUAAUUGUUUGACAAGUGCGUAGAAACUAUUGGAAGUUUGAUGAUGCACUGAAAUAUUGCUUUGUUAUUAUAACUUAAAAGUUUACGACUGUGAAAUGGCAUCUAUAAAUAAAAGAAUUGCGAUAAUUGGAGGAGGGAUUGCAGGGAUAGCUUCCCUUGUUGCUUUGAAAGAAGAGGGGUGUUUUGACAUGAUUUGUUUCGAAAAGACAGAUAAAUACGGAGGAACAUGGAACUACAGAGAAGAGCCGAUUGUUAGCGUUGGAUCAAUUAUGCCAACAACACAUUUUGUUGUCAGCAAAGAGCUCAGUGCCAUCAGUAACUUCCCACCUCCAAAAGAGUAUAAUAAUUUUAUGAAACACGAUCAGAUAUUUGAAUAUGUGGAAGAGUACGCGAAGCGUCAUGAUGUACUGAAGCACAUUCAAUGUAAUUCGGAAGUUACAGAAGUAAAAAGGCACGAUGACUUUGAGGAGACGGGAAGGUGGACUGUUACAGUGAAGAACAUAUUAUCGGAAGAAAUAACCACUGGAGUUUAUGAUGGGGUCAUGAUCUGCAUUGGCCACAUAAACAGACCAAUCAUACCUUCAUAUCCUGGCCAAGAUUUGUUUAAAGGAAACUUAUUCCACAGUCACAGCUUGAAGGGAGUAGAGCCGUAUCGAGACAAAACCGUUGUUGUAGUGGGCAUGGGCUGCUCUGGACUAGACGCUGCCAUAGAGACAAGCAAUGUUGCGAAGCAGGUUUACCUGAGUGCCCGGUCUGGGGCUCAUGUUGUAAACCGAGUAGGCCUAAAUGGAAUUCCGUACGAUUACACCAUGCUCCGACCUUACUUAUACCAGUUGAUGGACGUAUUUCCUACCAAAUUUGUAAGCUGGUGUUUCGAAACAGGAUAUCUAGAUGUACAAUUUAAUCACAAACUGUAUCCUGUUGUGCCCAAACAUCAUAUAUUAAAUAAAGAUCCAUCAGUCACCAGCAAUUUUUCAGCAAAAUUGAUCUGUGGAGCAAUCAUUCAAAAACCUGGUAUCCAGCAUUUCACAGAAGACGGUGUCCUUUUCGAAGGUGAAACAGAAGUCACGAAAGCUGAUGUCGUAAUCAUGGCUACAGGAUAUACAUGGAAAUUUCCAUUCCUCGAAGAAGGUAUUUUAAUUACAGAGGAAGAUAGAAUCGAUUUGUACAAAUGCAUAUUUCCAAUACAACUAAAACACCCAACUCUAGCAAUCAUUGGGUUUGCUCUUCCAUUUGGCCCAGGUUUUCCUAUAGGAGAACUACAGUGUAGGUGGGUCACUCAAGUUUUUGCUGGUAAAUGCAAACUUCCAUCGCAAAAGAAAAUGUUUAAAGAUGUCAAGAAAAGAUACGAAGCGAAUGUGGCAAGAUACGGCCGGAGUGAAAAGGUAUCGAUAAAGGUGGACUAUAUUCAAUACUGUGAUGAAUUAGCUGCUGAAUUUGGAGCAAAGCCAAACCUUUCAAAGUACUUUUUUAGCGACAUCAAAUUAUAUUCAAAAAUUAUGUUUGGGCCCAGUCUUUCAUAUCAAUACAGACUGCAGGGACCUCACCCUUGGGAUGGAGCCAGAGAAGCUAUAAUGACGAGCGAAAAGAGAAUGCUUUACCCUUUGGCAAGGAGAGAUUCGAAGGUUCAUGAAAAUGCCUUCAAGAAAUUUGCUAGAAAGACAUUAUCGGCUACGGUAUUUUGACUUAACCUGAAUUAUAGUUAAAUCUGUGAAAGUGAAAUCUGCAACUUACAAUAUUUUGAACUUACUAAAGUGAAUUUUGCAACUUACUAAAGUUGUUUUUGGUAAAUUGCUAUGUAUGAUAUCCUUUUAAUUUGUAAAAAUUUGAUAUGAGCAUUUACUUGUAACUACGAAUGAACUGUAAUAAACUUACAAUUUUUUUUA